CGAAUGCGCGGCUCCUGUUGUCCGUUAGCUCCUGACGUAGAAACUUCGUUUUCCUGUCUCCAUGUGUCAAGGUCACCGCUACCAAUGACAACAUUCCAUAACUCCCAAACAGUUCUAAACGUUAUGGCAUCUGGCGAUAACGCUGUGAUAAGGCUGUAUAUAGAUCAGCAAAGCAACCUCACUGGGAGAUAACAUAUCCUUCACUGCAUUACAUUAUGGAGAAGAAACGCGAUCCAUGGCGUCACGUGAUCGUGGGAGCCUCGCUAUCAACAUUGCUGUUUUGUCCGUCAACUGGUUAUGCCAACGGUGUGUUCCUGAUGGCCUUCAUGAGGACCGGCCUGUAUGACGCCGAGACGGUCUCCUGGCUGGUCUCAGUGUCCAACAUGAUGCAUGCUGUUGGAGGACCUGUUGCCAGUUUUCUGAUCAGCUUAAGUAGUUGCAGAACGGCCAUCAUCAUCGCAGGACUCUCUGCCUUUCUUGGUUUCUCCUUGGGAAGCUGUACUUCGGAUAUGAGGAUACUCUUUGUGACGUUUGGCUGCAUUCUGGGUGUUGGUCGUGGAAUAGCCUUUUCUACUGUAAGUAUCAACAUUGGUUACUGGUUCCGAGAGAACAGCAACAUGGCUUCUGGACUAACGUUUAUCGGAGUGGGCAUAGGAAUGCUUGUACAUCCUCGCCUUGUCCAGGCUUUUGUCGAUUGGUAUGGUGUGAACGGAGCACAGAUGAUGAUGGGAGCCAUCUCGUUUCACACAUGUAUAUGUGGGCUGCUUCUUCGACCUUCUGUCUAUGAAUUGGAGAAAAAACGGUCUGUGGCGACCGAUAAGCUUGAGAGAAGAGGAGAAAGUUGUAAGAUGUCAUGUUUUAAGUCAUUUAUUCAUUUCAAGCGGGCAAUCUUAACAAACUAUCCGUUUCUUCUUAUCGCGUUAGGGGUAUGUUUUUUCAGUAUGGGAUUUUCAAUCAUCUUGACUUUUAUGCCAGACUUCUUCAACUUCAAUGGCGCAACGCCCCAAGAAUCUGCCUUAGCUGUGUCACUUUCAGGAAUGGGAAGUCUGGUAGCACGGAUUCUUGUUGGUGUUAUGACAAACGACCCUGGUAUCGGAUCAGUGCUUGUGCUGGCAGGUAACUGCGGGUUAUCAGCUGUCGUAACUCUACUUCUUCCAUUCAUGGUCCAUUCGACUGAAGGGAGAUACCUCUACUCCAUCUGCAUUGGUGCUUACUUAACGUCGAUAUUUGUUAUCCUUGGACCUGUUACGCUGGAGAAAGUUGGACUGGAGAACCUAGCAUAUGGAUUUGGAUUCAUUCUUCUCAGUACCGGAAUAAUGAACCUGAUAGGCCCACCUGUAGCAGUUCAAGUAAGGAAACUGACAGAUUCCUACUAUGCAGCGUUUGUGUUUGCCGCGGGUCUUCUUCUUGCUACAAGUGUGUGUGUGUUUCUAUCGGAAGUAGUUAAAGACAUAGACUUUGAAAAGAAUAACCCAAAGCGGGGACCUCUGCUGUCGGCGUCUCUAGUCAUCGAUGAACCGUGUGGUUUGUCCACAGUGGGGGAAGCAGCAACUGAUUCACUACUGAAUCAAACUGUUACAUUGAACGAUGGGGAGCAUUUUAAGGAAACGAAUGUAUGAACCUUCUCAGAAGGUCUUUUAUGAUAUUCACACAUGUGAGCACAGUUGACAAUAAAGGCUAUACGACCAUAAGCUACCAGGAACUGGGGAGUUAUCUGGUACUCGCUAGUA